AUGGCGGCAGAAGCCAACAAUAACAAUAAUCAACCAGCCCAAGAAGAAGAAAAGAAGGAGCCAGAACCCCCAAAGAAGCCUCACGACCUGCCCAACUCGUGGGACCCGGAUCACGAAGAUUACUUGUGGAAUCCGGACCGUUGGGAAUCCCCCAUCAACAAGUGGAGAUGUUGGAAAUAUGACCAGGAGGCUCGAGACUACAUUGAUCGAACCAAUAAAGCUGAUGCUCACAUCGCGGAUUUGCAGAAGCGACUCAAGGACUUGACGGGGUAUGAUUAUUGAGGCCACAGACUAGAGAUUAGAGAAAUCUUUGGUCCGGGGAACGGGGAUCCGGGGGACACUCACUGAUGAUGACGGCGAUGAUUUGUCCGAUCUGAUGGCAUGGUUGCAUGAGUUGAGAUGAGACCAGUCGUGUAUUGAGAAAAGGCUCUGUAGGAGUUGAGAUGAGACCCGUCAUGAGCUGCAAAGUCACUUAUACGUCUACCUGGAAUGAUAAG